AUGUUGCAAGCUCCAGAAGUACUACGGGAAGAAAGAGCAGUGGAAAGGGGGGUUGAGCAUGUCCCACAAGAGGAAAUAGAAAGAGACGAAGAAGACUCUACUGGCAGCAGUCACAGCUCUGAGGAUGAUGAUGACGACGACAGCAGCGAUUUGGAAACGGUCAAGGCGCGUGCUACCGUCCACCAACACUUUCGUCAGGAAUAUUACGUUCGAGAUACUUUAGAGGAUGCCGCAGUCCGAAUGAAGCAAAUGUUUGACUUGGCUCCGGGACAGUUUUUGGACUUUUCCUUUAACCCAUCGCUCGGCUGUUAUGUAUUUGUCAACGAUCCCACCAAACUCGAUUCCACACAAUUUACCACCAGUGCCAAGAUUAAUGGCUUUAUGGGGGGCACCCACUACUUCCACAACGCGUUCUUUCCCGACAUGGAUUCCAUUCGAAAGGGGAUUGUCGUCAUGGCAGAAGCCGAGCAAUGGAGCUGGACCAAGAAACAAGACUUUCGAAUCAUACAGAAACAAUUUGAUGAGUUCAUUGGCGUCUAUCCGUUUAUUGGACAGUGUCGUUUCUACAAUUCCGGCCUGGUAUUCAACAUGAUGGCCGCAAUAUUGCGACGAGUCCUACCCACCAAGCAGCUCCGGGACCAAUUCAAAACCCUACAUGAAAUUCACUGCCACAGUAUAUCUCUUGCGGAUAUGAAACCCAAAUAA